AUGUUCGACGGUUCAGAACUCCGAGAAUGGAUUUAUCGCUGCGAACAGUUCUUCUCAAUUGACAGUACACCACCAGAGUUGAAGGUUCGUCUCGCCUCUCUUCACAUGACGGGCAAAGAACUCCCAUGGCAUCACUCAUAUCUCGCAAAUCGCUACAACAUCUUCCCACUAUGGCCGGAAUAUGUUGCUGCAGCAUCUUACCGUUUCAGCGAACUUUAUGAUGAUCCCUUAUCAGAAUUAGUCAGCUUGAAACAAGUCAACGAAUCCGUCGAUGAGUAUUUGGAGAAGUUUGAUAGUGCCAUGACUAGGAUCACGCUAGCUCCGGCUCACGCACUAAGCAUAUUUUUGACAAACAUACACCAACACCUAGCUUUUCAUGUGCGCCAAUUCAAAGUCAAUUCAAUACCAGAAGCAGCAAAAAUAGCUAAACUACACGAGCUAUCCCUGUCGCACACGUCUACAAAGCCACCUCGUACUAUCUUUAAUUCAUCUCAGAGAUCAAACUUCUCACAAUCCAACAAAUAUCAACACAGCAACUCAACAGCAAUAGCGACUACCAAUGUCGGCAGUCAAAAUAAUAAACCCCUAAUCGCCAACACUCCUCAAAAGCGGCUCUCUUUCGAAGAGAUGCAGGAGCGAAAACGAAAGGGUUUAUGCAUGUUCUGUGAGGAACCAUUCACACCGGGUCAUCAACUUAAACAUCGGCAUGCUGAGAUCUUAUUCUUAGAAGCUGAUACAGAGUUUGAUGAAGAAAUUGCGUUAGAGGAACAGAUACGAGAAACAACUCUCGCUGAUGAAGAUGACAAAGUUCCUACUAUCUCUGUGCAUGCUUUAAACGGGUGUCCGACAUUCAACUGCAUGCGUUUAAUGGGUCAAUACGGAAAGAGGAAGCUCCAUAUAUUAAUCGACCGAGGCAGUACUCACAACUUCCUCGAUAUACAAAGGGCUAAAGGCUUAGGGUGCUCAUUGACCCCAACCAAACCGAUGUCAAUAGUAGCAGCAAGCGGUGACUUGAUCACCAAGUAUAAAUGCAAUCCUUUUACGUGGAAGAUGCAGGGAUAUGGAUUCAGCACUGAGAUUAGGACGUUACCGCUAGGAUGUAGCGAACUGGUGCUAGGCGUCCAAUGGCUAUCAACAUUGGGACCAAUUCUCUGGGAUUUUCUAAACCUACGUAUGGAAUUUACUUUCCAGGGUCGCAAACACGUACUGAGAGGAAUAUCACCCAAUAGCGCCAAGAUAAUCACAGGAAGCAGUCUCAACAAACUAAUGCUACAGGAACCUCAGAUUUCUCUUCUUCAUCUUCGCGAACUGGAUAAUACACAGAGAUCACUCGACUCUGAAACAAUCUUAUACCACAUAGAAGCUAGUGGAGAAAACAGAGACGAUAGUGGAUCAUUGCAACAACUGUUGUCCUCUUUUGCUGACAUCUUUGAGGAACCGACCACACUACCACCAUACCGGGAAGGUUUUAACCACAAAAUCCCGCUGGAAGCAGGAGCAAAUCCUGUUAGCUUGCGCCCUUAUCGGUACUCUGCGUUACAAAAGGACUCGAUUGAUAAGAUGAUUCGAGAGAUGCUUGAUCAAGGCAUCUUUCAGUACAGCUCCAGCCCUUAUGCAUCUCCUAUAGUGCUCGUUAAAAAGAAAGACGGGUCUUGGAGACUCUGCGUCGACUACAGAUGCCUCAACAAGCAAACCAUCAAAGACAAAUAUCCAAUACCGCUACUAGAGGACUUACUCGAUGAACUGGGAGGUUCUAAAUUCUUCUCCAAGUUGGACUUAAGAGCUGGAUUCCAUCAACUCCGAAUGUCACCUGACGACGUGCAUAAGACAGCCUUCAAAACACACUCUGGCCAUUUAGAAUACCUCGUUAUGCCCUUUGGUCUUACAAACGCGCCAUGCACAUUCCAAGGCCUUAUGAACCACGUCUUUGAGCCAAUACUUCGGAAUUUUCUUCUAGUUUUCUUCGACGACAUACUCAUCCAUAGCAAAAGUUGGGACGAUCACCUCGAACACUUGGAUAUGGUUUUUUCUAUACUCCGACAUCAACAGUUAUACCUCAAGAUGUCUAAGUGUACCUUCGGCUCUACAAGAAUUGAAUAUCUUGGUCACUUCAUAUCUAAUGAGGGCGUCAGUACCGACCCUACCAAGAUAAAAGCUGUGGAGAGUUGGCCUACUCCAACGAACCAGAAACAAGUUCGCAGCUUCUUGGGUCUCGCAAAUUAUUAUCGAAGGUUUAUACAGGGAUAUAGCAUUAUUGCUCGCACUCUUACUCUACUACUUCGUAAAGAUGGAUUCACAUGGGGACCAGAUGAAUCAACAGCUCUCUGUUUGCUUAAGGAAGCACUUACUUCUGCACCUGUCCUCGCGUUACCAGGUUUUACAAAGACAUUUAUUGUCGAAACCGACGCCUCGAACACCGGCAUUGGUGCAGUGCUCAUUCAGGAUAAUCAUCCUAUAUGCUACAUCAGUCGAGCUUUGGGAAAGCGCCAUGAAGGGUUAUCAGUUUAUGAGAAAGAAUUGCUUGUUGUUGUUCAUGCAGUGCAAACUUGGAGCCCUUACUUGACUCAUAACAAGUUUAUCAUUCGGACAGACCAAAAAAGCCUAAAGUUCUUACUGGAGCAGAAGAUCACUACCCCUUUUCAACAUAUGUGGUUGUCAAAAUUGAUGGGAUAG